UGACAAAUAUUUCAGAAAACAGUCUGUCAGACAAAUAGAAACUACACCAUUAUAUACAAGCAGAGCUGAGAGUGAACUCUCGAUUGUUGGUCCUGUAAGGCGACAAAGAGAUAAUGAGCGACAAAGAAGUAUACAUUUUAAGUACAGUCAAGAUAACGAGGAGUUGAUACCACUUCCGGGAUCUUCAGAUUAUAUAUCAUUAGAAAAUAAGUAUUAUAUUCAGGGCAAUAAAAAUAUACCAAGAAAAACAGACCUGCUCAUUAAGCGAAAGUUUUCGAGCGAGCGAGAUUUAUUUUCAGAUGCUCCAUUUAGAGAAAAGUCUAUUGAAAAAAUUCCAUUUGAACAAAAAAUGCUACAUGAUAAAAAUUAUGUAACGUACAAAAGGGACCAUCACCAUAGUUAUCAGGAUUCACAUCAUGACGAAUCUGAUAUUUUGCAAAAAAAAGAAAAUGAAUUCGUCAAGGAAAUCCCGAAACGUUCAUUAUCUGAUACAAAUGUCAGAGGUUAUAUGUCUGAAGAAUCUAUGAAAUCCAUUUCUAUAGCUACAAGGGAUAUUCCACGCAAGGAUUUUAGUUAUUUUUUUAUCAAGAAAACCGAUAUUACAAAAAAAAGACAAAUGAUAUCAUUAAGCUCUUCGGAAUUAGUGAAAAAUACACAGGAUAUGUAUCGGGCAAGAGCGGAAGAAGCAAAAAUUAAAAAAGAACAAGAGUUAAAACAAAAAUUGGAGGAUGACGAAAAAAAACGAAUUGCUUUGGAAGAGAAAAGAAAGUUGCAAGAUGAGGAAAAAAUUAAAAAAGAUAAAGAAGUUAAAGGUCAAAAGGAAAUACCAAAAUCAAGAGAAGAAUCUUUAAAAGUAAAAGAAGAUUUAGACAUGCAUGAAAAAGAAGAGGUGAAAGAAAUUUCAAAAAAGGAGGAGCGAGAGAUUGUGCCUAAAGAAGUUAAACUCAAGAAAAGUACAGAUAAGGAAGGAAAAAAGAAUGAAGAAAAAGAAGUAAAUCAAAGAAAAGACGAAGAAAAGGGAAAAGAGAAGUCCCUUAAGGAAGAACAAAUGCGAUUAGCUAAAGAAGAAAAACUGAAACUUAAGGAGGAGAAGGAAAGAGAAAAAGCACUUAAAAAAGAUCAAAUGCGUUUGGCCAAUGAAGAAAAAAAACGACUUAAGGAGGAGAAAGAAAAGGAAAAAGCACUAAAAAAAGAUCAAGCGCAUUUAGCCAAAGAAGAAAAACAGAGGCUUAAGGAGGAGAAGGAAAAAGAAAAAGCAUUAAAAAAAGAUCUGUUACGUUUAGCUAAUGAAGAAAAACAACUAUUUAAGGAGGGAAAAGAAAAGAUAAAAUCACCAAAAAAAGAUCAGAUUCCAUUAGACAAUCAAGAAAAACAGAAACUUAAGGAGGAGAAAGAAAAGGAACAAGCAUUAAAAAGGGAUCAGAUGCGUUUAGCAAGUGAAGAAAAAAAGAGACUUAAGGAGGAGAAAGAAAAGGAACAGGCAAUAAAAAAAGAUCAAAUGCGUUUAGCCAGUGAAGAAAAGCAAAGACUUAAGGAAGAGAAGGAAAAGGAACUUGCCCUUAAAAAGGACCUGAUUCGUUUAGCCAAUGAAGAAAACCAGAGAGCUAAGGAAAGCGGUAAAUCCAAAAAUCGUGAAAAUGAAGAAAAAUCAAGUCAUAAAGAUCAAGCAAUGACCGAACUUAUGCUAAAAAAAGAUAAGGAAUCAAAGUUAAGGAAGACACAAGAAGACGAAAUAAAAAAGAAAGAAGCAGAACUUAAAUUCAAAUCUUUAAAAGAAACAAAACAAGAAGAAAAAAUCCAAAAACCAGAAAUUAAAAAAGUCGUUGAAGAACCCCAAACAAAGGAAUUAAAUAUAGACCAAAUAAAAAUAAAAAGACCUUCAACUGAUGAUCUUAUUUUAAAGCUAGUAAAAUUGAAACAAUCUGAAGACCAUAGACCAAGACAACGACCAACUAGAAUGUCGCAAAUUAAUAUACCAGAAAAAAUUAUAGUUGGUCAUAAAACACAUAAAGUAAUAAAAAAUGAAAAUUGUGUAAUAUGUUUAGAUUCAGAUUUAGAUCUCGAUAUUGAAAAUAUUAUGUUGAAUGAAGGAAAGUCAGACAAGUCUAACGAAAUUAUUAUUGGGCCAAAAAUAUUCAGAUACAAAUCACCUUUAGUGUUAAAAACGGAAGAUGUAGGAAAAUGUCCCCUCUUUUUUACUUCAAAACCUACAGAAGAUGACGUUACUUUAAAUACAGACGUAAUACAGAACAACAUAGACGAAGGAAAUGGGCGCAGCAUACCACCAAUUCUUGCUGGCAAAUAUGUCGAGCAGGAAGUUGCCAAAGGUAUAACACGGUACGCUUUGUCUGAUCGGACUUUUAUAGAAAAGGGCUGGACCAUGCUGCCGACGGAAAAAGUCGUUCGAAAAAUGAAUGUGUAUCGAAUGCGACCGGCACAUCCAGAGUUCGAUUGGUUCGAGCAUAAUAAAAACAAAAAGUUGAUAUGCUACGACACAGGCGAAAAACUAGCAGAAUUUGAUGAUACUGGAAAAGGUCGAUGGUUUUAUAGGAACGGAAAAGUUGCUUUGGACUACUACGAUGCGGAGGAACUUAAUGCUCAACAGCGCAUUGUAAUCUUUAGCAGCGGUGAACCCGACGAGGGCGGCCGGCCACGUCCUUUAACAAUUCUUGCAACUUUCGAUUAUUUAGGAAAUGGAAUUGUCUUCGAUCAUUCGGGGAAAAUAAGACUCAAAUAUAAUCAAACAGAGGGUGUAGUUUUAGACCGUUCUAUUGGGCCAGUCAGUCACUGGAAGUGGCAUACAUUAAAUGACCCUCCGGUGCUACAGCAAGUGAUGAUAGACACUCAAAUGUCACAUAAGGAUCCUCAGAUUCUCAAACUAGGCGGACCGCAGGAAAACAAACAGCGACCAGACAAUGAAGAGAUGCUAGCGAUCGAAUUCGACAACUUUAUAAAAGAAAAAAGCAAAAAACUAUCUCAAAAGUUUAAACCGUUCCAGAUAAAAAUGAAAGCACUGAAAAUAAAUGAAAAUUUUUCACUGAAAGUCCUGGAUCAGGCCACUAUAUACCUCAUCUAUAGGGACGGCUCGACAAACUUGAAACUAAAUAUCGGCAUGAUACUCGAUCAUCAGGAAAUAGUUGACACGGACACAGCAGAGGUGGGCGAAGUGUCCAAUAGUCUGGAAAGGUUUCCAGCGAGGACGGACAGUUUGGCUGGCCUGCAGAGGAGUGUGGCGCAUGCUCAGAGAGUCGAACGUUCGAUGGUAGAACGAGAAAAGCGAAUUCGCCCCACACAACCCACAGCUAGCGUAGAUCGACUCACGUCAGGACUGUCACGGCCACUACGCACACAACUUUACACCGUUGCAUCCACAACUGACAAUCGCUUUUGCAAAUGCCGGAAGCCAUCCACCACCAACUUGUAUUACGACACCCGUCUUAAUUAAUUUUUCUUAACUGUGUUAUUGUUAUAUAUUCUAUUUUAUCUAGAUAAUCUAUGUCGCGUUUUACAAUAAGAUUAUUUAGUGUCAUUUUUUUGAUUAUAUCUUAUAUUAAUUUUAUUUUGAUUGAAUAAAAACGUUAAAAAAUAAA